AAGCAUUCAACACUGCAAAUGCAGCCAGCUGAUGGCGAGGCGAGCACCAGAGCAGGAAACCAGCCAAUACAGCCCUCCAGCAACGAGCGAUAGCACGCCAUAAAAUGGAUCGUGGUGGCAGAGGGGACAUGCAAUGGAUUGUGGGCAGAGGGGACAUGCAAUGCAGCCAAGGAUCUGCUUUAGAAGACGGAUCGAUAACUAACGAGAGACUUGAGCAUGGACCAGGGCGAGCAGUGCGGUGCCAGCCGGGAUUGCCGCGGCACAUUUGUUCGGACAGGAGACGGCGCACUGGCUCCGCAGAAACGACCGGCCCCUACUCUUGGCGGGCCAAAUAUCGCAAGAGCGCUUGACCGAUACCGCCCAUGCAAGCGGACGGCAGCGGAUGCAAGUGGAUGCAAGUGGAUGCAAGUGGAUGCAAGUGGAUGCAAGUGGAUGCAAGUGGAUGCAAACACAGGGCCCAAACAUCAGCGCUGCGCGGCGGAAAACAAACGGAGUAGUUGGUCGAGCCGUCAGCUUUUCGCUUUCCACUCCGUCCGUAUCAGUGCGUCGGCUUGCCCGCUUGCCCGCUUGCCCGCCUGUUUGCCGCCGGCUUGCGCAUCCGCUCAUCAUCCGUCGCGCACGACUCCACGACCACCAGCGCAGCGAUGCCUGCUGGGCGGACAUGGCCAUAUCCCAUCCAGGGCCGACUCGCCCGGCAAGUCUGUCCAGCAGCACUUGUCCAGCAGCGCCUGUCCAGCAUCGCUUGUUCGGCAAUUCCGUUUCCCGCCCCAUGUUUGCGCGCCAGGCUGGGUCGUUGUCCGCAACUCCCGCCAGAUCGGUUCGUUGGGUGCCGAGCGGGCACACCGCUCUGGUGAUCGAUAGGCCACACCAGUGGUCGGCCAUCGACACAAACUGUCCCUCGAGACCCAAGCCAGCGCAGCAUGCUCUGCAGCGGAGACAUGUCCGCCCGCGGAGUGUAUCCCCCGGUCGACCGUGCGAAACCACUCGCCGAUCCUCAGCCGUCUGUCGCCCAACCACCUCCGCCCGCCUAUCGACCCCUCUCCCUUCUUUCUCUGUCUCUCUGGUCUCCUUUCGCCUUUGCGAGGG